AGCACGGUUCUUCAUCUUCUCUUCUUCCCUCCUUCUCUCUGUCCGUUUGUUUUCCAAGGGCUUCAAAACAAUCUUGAUUUAUUUUUCGUUUCUUGAGAACAUAGAUUGAGAUGAUGAUAGCAAAGAAAAGGAUCAGACUUGCGAGUGUACCGGAGACAGAUGACAUUUUCAAUGAAGGAGAGAUGCCUGAUUUUUCUUCUGAAGCAAUGCUUAGUUUGGCCUUGAAUCCCAACAAGCGCGGCAAACAGGUUCCUGUAAGUAAAUUGAAGGACACUGGGUCGAAAGUAACAUCAACAAGAAAGUUGGGAGUUCAAUUUCCUGCAGUACAAAGUGUGAAGUAUCUUGAAACAGAUGGUUCGAUGCAAGGGCCUUCUUAUAAGGAACAUGUAGCUCAAUUUGGUAAUAUUUCAAGGACAGCAAAUUGUGCUAAAAUGGGUCCAGGAAGCAGUGAGGGUAGUGUGGAACUAGCAGAGCACAGAAAGCGUAUCCAGAAAGAUAUAGAAGCAGCUCUAAUUUUGAUGCAAUUAUCCAAUGAUAAUUCAGGAUUGCUCAAGACUAAAGUGCAAUCACCAUCAUCAAAGGGAGCUUGCCUUAGUCAAAGAAACCAAAACACAAGGAAAGUUGGCAGUUAUUCUACUUGGCCGUGGUUGGAAUAUGUGAACAAUGAUGUUGUUGAGCAGGAUAAUCCGUAUAACAGACAUGGGAAAUUCAGGACUAAAGGAUUAAGCUUAUUGAAGCUGAAAAAGGCAGCAGAAAGAACAAAAAUGGGUAGGCAAAUUGAACUUGAUUACCAUUGCACCAAGGGUGAAAAUGUCAUUAAAGAAAUUGAGUUGCCCAUUUCUUCUUUGAAUAGAAAGAAACUGCUGAAAUCUUCUUUGCAGAAACGUGGUUUAAAGAAAGUGAAAGCUGAACUUGGUUCCUUUGAAGGGUUAACUGCUUAUUCAUCCUAUUCUAUAUCAGAGAUUGGGAAUAAUACAGUUCAAGAGCCAAAACCAUUUAAGAAGAUGCAAUUCAAUUCAAGUUGUCCUACUGCUCAUACGGGGUUCUCAUUUUCCAUUAUACAUUUUCUUUCUGCCAUUCGCACAGCACUGAUUACUCCAGGUGGAAAAGAUCAUCCUUCGGCAGUUAGCAAGUAUCCUGCUAAAAGCAAUCCUAAAAGCGUUAGCAGGUAUCAUGAGAGAAAGGGAAUCAGUAAUUCACAAGGCGAGCAGAAGAGUUUACCUUGUCUCACUAUGCAUGAAAUUGUUGAGCGUGUCAGAUUGAAUCCUGGGGAUCCUUGUAUUCUCAAAGCUCGGGAGCCACUUCAGGAGUUAGUUAGAGGUGCUUUGACAAUAUUUUCUUCAACAACAGCACCUCUUGGGGCAAAGGCCUGGAAGGCUCUCACUCUUUAUUCCAAGUCUAACAAGAGUUGGUCCUGGAUUGGUCCAGUAGCUAUUAAGCCACACAAUCAUAUGAAGGAAGCUGUAUCUUCGGCAGCUUGGGGUCUUCCAAGCAGGACCCUUCUGAAAUUGGUCAACUGCUUUGCAGAUUGGUUGAAAAUUGCUCAAGAGAGUCUUCAGAAGAUUGGUGACCUUCCUGCACCACCAUUGACUUUGAUGCAUCGGACUGUCAAUGUGAACGAAAGAUUAAGAGAAGUUAGACCUCGAAAGAUGGUGGCUACCAUUAGUCAAUGCCCUAAAGAAAUAAGGGACUAUUUCCGCAAGGAAGAAGCGAUUAGGUAUUUUAUUCCAGAGAGGGCCUUUUCUUACACUGCCUUAGAUGGUAGAAAAUCCACUGUUGCUCCACUGAGAAGGUGCAGUGGCAAGCCAUCAUUAAAAUGCCGAAAGCAUUUUAUGCUUAAAGCUGAUAGGCCCCCUAAUAUCACAGUUCUCUCUCUCGCGAGGGAUGCGGCUGCCAGAUUGCCAGCCGGUAUGGGUACUAGAGCCGAUGUUUGUGUUCUGAUAAGAGACUCGCAAUACAUUGUGGAAGAAAUCUCCGAAGAACAACUUAAUCAGGUUGUCAGUGGCGCCUUGGACCGAUUGCACUAUGAACAUGACCCAUGUGUGCAAUUCAAUGGAGAGAGGAGGUUAUGGUUCUAUUUGCAUGGAGAAAGAGAAGAGGAUGACUUCGAGUAUGAUGCUACUUUAUCUACAAAGAAACGGAGAAGGCAACGAGAAAUCCCAUGAAGGAAGCUAUAUCACAUAU